AUGGUCAGUAUCGCACUCGAACGGCGCAUCCUUGCUGUCCCAGAACUCGCCGCGACCUACGCCGCGCUCAUCCUUGCCGACGAUGGCAUUGAAAUCACCGCCGACAAAAUCACCGCGCUGACCAACGCGGCGAACAUCGAAGUCGAGCCCAUCUGGGCAUCUCUCCUCGCGAAGGCGCUCGAGGGCAAGAACGUCAAGGACCUGCUCUCGAACGUCGGUGCUGGUGGUGCCGGCCCCGCAACGGCGGCUGCGCCCGCCGCGGGUGGUGCUGCUGCUGAGGCUGAGGCGCCCAAGGAGGAGAAGAAGGAGGAGGAGAAGGAGGAGUCCGACGAUGACAUGGGCUUCGGGCUGUUCGACUAAGCGUGCUCUGGCCGCUCCCGUCUCGUCUCUACCUCUCGCUUUGGUGUCAUCCGUACUGCAUAGCAUUUCGCACGCGACUACCGCCCUCCACAUUGCGUUGUAUUAUCCAUGUCCGCUCCUACUGCGCAUACCAAAAAGCUGAAAACACCAAUGUUCGAGCCUGCCAGGUCGUUUCCAGUCGUGUGAAAUCGUGCCGGAUUUGGAUUGACAGGUCGCGCGACCGGGCAGG